GUUGCUAAUAUUAAUAACAAUAAUAUUAAAUGUAAUUUAAUUAGUUAAUAGUGCUAAAAGUAAAGGUUAUAGCUUCCAAUCAAGCAAAUACAAUCCAGCCUUGCAAUUAAAUGGACAUCAAGGCUAUCCGGGUUUGAAAUUACGGGUUAACAGGAAUGCUUUUCAUUAUGGAAGUUUUAUGAUCGCAGAACUGAUAAAUCGAGAAAUAAGAUCUACUCGAAUCCCUCCGUUUGUGCAGUGCCUUCCAGAAGUCAAAGGUUGCGCCCAUUUAACGAAUAUCAUUUUAACAUAUUAUCAGUGUCCACAACGAGUUAUCUUCCUUCCAAUGCCAUAUGAUCGCUUUGUACUUAGUAUUAAAAAUUUCGCUCUUGGCUUAACUGGGAAUCUUGGAGGACAAAUAACUGUUUUAUUACCUUUGCCUCUCUGUGGAUUGAUUUGCUUGGAUGCUAGACAGAUAUCAGUAACAGUACAAACUGCUCUUACACGCAAUUAUCAUAAUGGUGCAGUUCGGUUGGAUAUGGAUGAUUGUGCUAUCACUAUUGGCUAUUUAAACAUUUAUAUUUUGGGUGGUGGACUUGUUGGUAGUAUUGUGAAUAACAAUUUCCGAGGCAAAAUUAUUGCGCAAGUACGAGAAAUGUUAAUUAAAAAAAUUUGUUUCAAAAUGAAAUCAGUGCUAACUUCAAAAGUUAACUCCUUGCUGACUGCUUUACCGCAGAAAAUUUCAAUUAUGCAUAUGAUUUCUUUCACAGAUUUGGUGCUACAAAAACAUAAAAAGUUGCCUGAAUAUGUAAGUAUUUAUUUGUAUUUAUUAUUUUUGAAAAUUACUGCCCAAAUAUUUUAUAAAUUAAACCAAAAUAUCAAAAAUUCAAAUUAA